UUUCCUUGAAUUUGUUUCCACUUUUGCUUGCUGAUUCUGAUCUUUGCAAAUAAUAUGUCACGAAUACGAAAACGAUUGGCGUCGAUCUUUCCGACUUUUGGGGUCAGAAAUAUGAUCAGAUUUGCUUAUAAACUAGCAAGGGAAGCAAUAGUUUCUGAUAUUACUAGGCUUGUGAAUCGUCCUCGCCAAGCCAAGGCUACCCGCAAAAGGACUUGCAGUAUCUGUUUAGAUGAUGAUAUUAAUGCUAAUCAGAUGUUUUCCAUUGAUAAAUGUCGUCAUAAAUUCUGUUACGAGUGUAUGAAACAACAUAUCGAGGUGAGGCUACUCGAGGGGAGUGUGAUUAGAUGUCCUCAUUACAGCUGCAAGUGUAAGCUGAGUUUUGGAAGCUGUGUCAAUCUUUUGUCACCUAAACUAAGAAAUAUGUGGCAAAAAAGGAUCAAAGAGGACUCUAUUCCUGUAAAACAGAGAAUUUAUUGUCCAAACCCGAGGUGCUCCGUUCUAAUGUCGGUAAACGAGCUCUCUAAAUCUACUAAAGAAGCUGGAGUUAGGAGAUACUUCUCUAAAUCUACUAACGAAGCUAGAGUUAGGAGAUACUGCUUGGAAUGCGGUCAAGUCUUUUGCAUCAACUGUAAAGUUAAAUGGCAUAGUAACUUGUCGUGCGACGAUUACAAGAGACUGGGUCCAAAUCCUACUGCUGAUGAUAUAAAGCUUAAAGUUUUAGCAAAUCAGAAAAUGUGGCGUCAAUGUGAAAAGUGCAAACACAUGAUCGAACUUUCGGAAGGAUGCAUCAAAGUAACCUGCAGAUGUGGACAUAAGUUUUGCUACGAAUGUGGAGCCAAGGCUGGAGGUUGCCGUCAUGCUCUUUUCCAUAUGUAUCUCCCAAUGCAACAACAGUCCCCGUUACCACCGAGGCCACCACUUUUGCCAUUACCGCCCAUGGAGCAUCCACCAGUGUGGGAGGACUCACUGGCAGGAUUUGGGGUGGCAAUUUGCUCACAAGAGGAUGAUAGUGUCUUGUUUCAAAUGAAGAGAUCAAUUCUUAACUCCACCAUUACAGUUUUGGAGGCUGAAGUAAUGGCAUUAAAGCGAGGAUUAACCGAAGCCGUGAGUUUGGGGAUAAAUCAUAUCUCCAUCUGCUGCGAUCAUUACCAGAUUUAUGAAUUGGUCAUGGGGAGAUCUGCGCCUGAGCAUGAGAACAUCACCUUGCUAAUGGAUGACGUGCACCGCAUCAGACAGCAAUUGACAUCUAGCAUCCCUGUUCUGAUGACUGGAAACCAAGCUAGGGUUGCUUAUAAACGUGCAAUGGAAACCGUAGCUUCUGAAAUCAGCAUAAGUAUGCCUGCUACUUGCUGUAUAUGUUUAGAUGAUGAUUUCGAAGCUAAGAAGAUGUUUUCUGUUACUUUAUGCGGUCAUAAAUUCUGCAUAGAAUGCCUCGAACAAGAUAUAGAAGUAGGACUUCUAGAGGGAAAUGUGAUAAGAUGUCCUUAUGACGGCUGCAAGUCUAAGCUGAUUCUUAGAAGCUGUGCCCAUCUUUUGACACCUAAAGUAAGAGAAAUGUGGGAACAAAGGAUCAAAGAGGACUCAAUUCCGGUAUGGGACAGAUUUUAUUGCCCAAAACCAAAGUGCUCGGCUAUAAUGUCGAAAACCGAGCUCUUUGAAUCUACUGAAGAAGAUGGAUACAUGAGAUGCUGCGUCAAAUGCAAUAAACCCUUUUGCAUCAACUGCAAAGUUACCUGGCAUAGUAACUUGUCGUGCGAGGAUUUCAAGAGAUUGGGUCCAAAUCCUACAGCAAUGUGGCGUCAAUGUAGAAAGUGCCAAGACAUGAUCGAACCAUCGAUAGAACGCAUUAAUGUAACUUGCAGGUAUCAUCUCAAAUCAUAUUCGGCAGCUGUAUAUAUAAACCUUAUGGGAAUUUGAUUACAUGUUCGCCUAUUUAUUAACAUAGUAAUUUCAUCAUUGAUGGAUAGAUGUGGCUAUUCGUUUUGCUACAAAUGUGGAGCCGAAUGGAAGCUAAAAGGCGGUUGCUAUCAUCGCUACGAUAUGAUAAUGAAGAUUGUUUUCUUAG